AUGAUGGAAUAGGAAAUUUUUAAAUUAAUUCAAAUUCCUAUCCCGAUAUCGAAUCAAACACUUUUACUUGAUACAAACUAUAUAUUAGAUUAAGAGAAGAAGGUGAUUUUGUUGAAUAUAAAAUCUGGAUAGAAAUGGGAGAUUGAGUACUAGAUCAGAUUGGAUCAAAUAACAGGAAUCUCUAAAUAUAGAGAAAACACCUAUUAUUUAGUAGAAUAGUUUUAGAAUGCAGCAUAGAUUUACAGAAUAAUCAUAACAAAUAAAAUGGUUAUGGUGAAAUUGAUGUACAAGACUGAAAUGCAGAGAUUUUGUUAUUAAUUAAAUGAUUUAAAAGAUAGAAGAAUGCAAUAGCAUAAAGCUAGAAUUAGAUCGGGAUAUUUUAAAUAUUCUGAAGUGUAUAUUUCUUUAUAUAAUUGUGGAUUAUUACCAGCAAUGUAAAAUUUGACAAAAUGUAAGAAUCAAGAUUGUGGAUUUCUUAAUGAUUAUUUUAUUAAAGUGAAUAAGGAUAUAGUUGAGAUAUCUAAAGAAAAUUCAUUAUUGAGUUUGGAUGAACUAGUUGAGUAGGAAGAAGAGAUGAUACUAUAAAGGAUUAAGUUGCCAGGUUAAUGUACUUAAUUAAGAAAUGGAUUGUUAAAGGUUGGAGAUCAUUUAUUUCAAUUGUAAUCAUGA